UUGUACAUGUCAAUCUCCUUUGUACGGUUUGUACGAUAGAAGAAAAAUGAAAACACAUCCUCAAGCACUUCUCUUAUGUGUGUUGUUCUUCAUCACGUUUGGCCUUUUACAUCUCGUUGAAGCUGGAGGUCAAGAAGGAUUCAUCAGUUUAGAUUGUGGGUUAUCCCCCAAUGAACCUCCUUACGUCGAUGCUAGAACCGACUUAACAUACACAACGGACAAUGGUUUCGUGCAGAGCGGUAAAACUGGUAGAAUCGAUAAGGAAUUGGAGUCAGACUACGACAAACCAAUUUUACAGCUUAGGUACUUCCCUGAAGGAGUCCGAAACUGUUAUACCUUGAACGUCACCCUCGGAAACUACCUGAUCAGAGCCAGUUUCGUGUAUGGUAACUACGAUGGUCUUAAUAAAGAACUCGAGUUUGACCUUUACCUUGGUCCGAAUCUAUGGGCAAACGUGAAAACAAGCGUGUAUUUAAGGAACGGAGUGACCACAGAGGAAAUCAUCCACAGUACCAAAUCUAAGGUACUCCAGGUUUGUCUUAUUAAAACAGGAACGAGUAUACCUAUUAUUAAUAGCUUAGAGCUGCGACCACUUAUAAACGAUACCUACAAUACGCAAAGCGGCUCGCUGAAAUAUUUAUUUCGGAAUUAUUUCAGCUCUUCAAGGAGACUAAUAAGGUACCCGGAUGAUGUCAAUGAUCGUCAUUGGUAUCCAUUCUUCGAUGAGGAUGUGUGGACAGAAUUGACUACAAAUCUCAAUGUUAACAGUUCUAAUGGUUAUGAUCCACCAAAAUCUAUAAUGGCUUCGGCCGCAACACCCAUAAGUAACAAUGCGCCCUUCAACUUCACCUGGUCAUUGAUCCCCUCUACGGCCGAAUUUUAUAGCUACAUGCACUUUGCUGAUAUUCAGACACUACGGGCCAAUGAUACCCGAGAAUUCAACUUUAUAUUGAAUGGGAACGUUGCCUUGGAACGGUAUAGACCUAAAACGUUCGCAGCAGGAACUAUAUUCCUCACAAAACCAAAAACAUGUGAAGGAGGGAAAUGCAUCAUAGAGUUAUUAAAAACGUCAAAGUCUACUCUUCCUCCGCUCUGUAGCGCCCUCGAGGUUUUUACCGUGAUCAAGUUCCCUGAAUUGGAAACAAAUCAAGAUGACGGUACGUCAAUGCAAAAUAUCAUUUAUUUGAAUUAUUGCAUUUUAUGUGUUGAUUACUGAUAUAUCAUGAAUUUUAUUCUAGUUUUUGCUAUCAAGAAUAUCCAAAAUACUUAUGGAGUGAGUAAAAUUAACUGGCAAGGAGAUCCAUGUGUUCCUAAACUGUUUAUCUGGGAUGGUUUAAACUGCAACAACUCGGAUGUUUCCACACCACCUAUAAUCACUUCUUUAGACCUAUCCUCAAGUCAUUUAACGGGGAUCAUUGCACCUGCCUUUCAAAACCUAACCCACCUACAAAAAUUGGACUUGUCAAAUAACAAUUUGACAGGCGGAGUACCUGAGUUUCUUGCCAGCAUAAAAUCACUUUUGGUCAUAGACUUAAGUGGGAAUAAUCUUACUGGUUCUGUUCCCCAAACCCUUCUACAGAAGAAAGGACUUACGUUAAAUCUUGAAGGAAAUAUAUAUCUUAAUUGUCCGGGUGGAUCAUGUGUACACAAAGACGGAAAUGGAGGUGCCAAGAAAAAGAAUGUUCUAGUGUUGGUUGUGGUAUCAAUUGCAGUUGUGGUAGUUCUUGGAACUGCAUUAGCUCUUUUUUUGGUGUUUAGAAAAAGAAAAACACCGCACAGUGAAGGACCAUCAUCAUCGACUCAAACGCAAGUAUCAGAUGCUAGAACAACUAGAUCAUCAGACCCGAUAAUAAUGAACAAGAACAGAAGAUUUACUUAUUCGGAAGUUGUAAAGAUGACCAAUAAUUUUGAGAAAAUCCUUGGUAAAGGAGGGUUUGGAAUGGUCUAUCAUGGAACUGUGAAUGGUGCUGAACAAGUAGCCGUUAAAAUGCUUUCACCCUCAUCAUCUCAAGGGUAUAAGGAAUUCAAAGCAGAGGUAGAACUUCUUCUCAGAGUUCACCAUAAAAAUUUGGUUGGCCUCGUUGGAUAUUGUGAUGAAGGAGAAAAUUUAUCUCUCAUCUACGAGUACAUGGCUAAAGGAGAUCUUAAAUAACAUAUGUUAGGAAACCAAGGUGGAUCUAUUUUGGAUUGGAAAACUAGACUAAAGAUAGUGGCCGAGUCCGCGCAAGGGCUGGAAUACUUGCAUAAUGGAUGCAAACCACCAAUGGUACAUAGAGAUGUCAAAACCACAAAUAUAUUGUUGGAUGAACAUUUUCAGGCCAAGCUUGCUGAUUUCGGUCUUUCGAGAUCUUUUCCUAUCGAAGGAGAAACCCGUGUGGACACAGUUGUUGCUGGAACUCCUGGAUAUCUUGAUCCAGAAUAUUAUCGAACAAAUUGGUUGAACGAGAAAAGUGAUGUUUAUAGCUUUGGAAUUGUACUACUAGAGAUCAUCACAAACCAACCCGUGAUCAACCAAAGUCGUGAAAAGCCACAUAUAGCUGAAUGGGUUGGGGUAAUGCUUACAAAAGGAGACAUCAAAAGCAUUAUAGAUCCAAAAUUUAGUGGAGAUUAUGACGCUGGUUCUGUCUGGAGAGCAGUUGAACUAGCAAUGUCAUGUGUAAAUCCUUCUUCAAUUGGAAGACCAACCAUGUCUCAAGUUGUUAUCGAAUUAAAUGAAUGUCUGGCAUCAGAAAACUCAAGGAAAGGAAUCAGUCAAAACAUGGAGUCAAAGGUUUCUACAGAAGUCAGCAUGAACUUUGGUACUGAAUAUACCCCUGUAGCUCGCUAGGCUACAUGAGCCAUCUAUCUUUUGUUAUAUUUGGUGAGUUAUUUUUAAUAAAUUUGAAUGUUUGUAAUGACUUUUUGUAAUUGAUAAAUGUGAUUCGUUUCGUUCAA